ACACACACUCUAGGCAGAAACUCAGCAGCUCUGAGCAGCACAAGCUGGAGUUCCUUGGCUGUUCCUUAAAUGACCUUCUGUUCUCUGGCUGCUCUUGGAGGUGCAGAAAGGACGGCGUUAAAUGGAAUCUGAAGGUGCCGGUUGGUGGGUCACCUUGAUUUCCAGGGUUGGAGCUUUUCCUUCUGCCAGAGGGAAGCAGUAGAGGAAAGCUGUGGAGGACUGGAGCUGGGAAACAUGAAUGGGGGAGGUGGGGACCAGGCAAGCCCCACCUCCAGGACCACAGGAGCCACCCCCAGCUCCGAGGCUUGCACAGCCCUGAUGGCUCCCGACCCCAGCAGGCGCCUCUGCUUGCUGCUGCUGUUCACCUGCUGCCUUGUGCCUGUGGGGGCCAACCUGCUGACCCUGGACUGGCUGUGGUCCACCAAGAUCACUGAUCCCUUGGAAACACGGGACUCUAGCCCACCCGUGCAGACUACAGAGGACCCCACAACGCACGUGGUCUCCCAGGAUGGCCUCAUGGAACAACAGACAACUCCUGUCAGCCCUAAGCCGCCCUUGGAGGAUCAGGAAGUUAGCCAGAAUGGGACACCUGCAACCUCUACCAUCCCCGAACCCCGCACAGUCCCUGCUGCCUCUGCUGCGAGCCCAGACACGAAGGAGGAGAACAUCGCUGGAGUUGGAGCCAAGAUCCUGAAUGUGGCACAGGGCAUUCGGAGCUUCGUCCAGCUGUGGGAUGAUGAUGCCACUACUGAGAAUUCUAUUGGGGUGGAGGCCUCAGCCUCCUCCACCCCUACAGCCCUCCUCACCUCUACUGGGCUCUCCAAUGCUCCCCAGGAGACCGAGGUGACUCUCUUGCCGAGCACUGGAGCUCCGAGUUCCUCAGAUGUCCAAACAACUGAGGCUGGCACCCUGGCAGUUUCCACCCAGCCGUCUCCCUCCCUGGGCAGGCUCCAGGCACCACUGAGGGGACCCUCAAUGCCACCAGCACCCUCAGGUAGAGCUUUUCUCUCUUCUGUGCCCAGCAGGGCUCCUCUCUGGGGGAGCCAGAAGCCCCCCAGACACCCCCAGCACCUGGACAGGGAAGCCAUGGCAGCCAGGCCCAGCCAGCAGCACCGACGCCCUGAUGUCCACUCUGACAUCCACAGGCACAUGCCUCUUCUGCUUCCCCUGGUGGCGGGUCCCCUGGUGACGGGUUCCCUGGAUGUACACGAUUUACUUUCUCCCUCUUCCUCUGACUCCUUGGCCCAACUCUCUCAAAUGGCAGCUUUACCUGGGUUCCCUGGUGCUUGGGUUUCCCAUGUGACUACCUCUGCAAGGCCUGGGCUUUCUAAUGACUCUGCACUGCUGGGGACUGGCCCCCUGACCUCCGCCAGCCGCUGCCUGCCCCUGCCACCUGCCCUGGCCGUCUGUAGCCGCCUGGGGAUCACUCACUCCUGGCUACCCAAUCAUCUGCAUAAUGAGAACAGCAAGGAGGUGGAGGCCACAGUGUGGGCGUGGAGGGACCUCCUGCAGACGCACUGCCACCCCUUCCUUGCCUGGUUCUUCUGCCUGCUGCUGGCCCCCUCAUGUGGCCCAGGCCCACCACCUGCCCUGCCACCCUGCCGCCAGUUCUGCGUGGUGCUGGAGGAUGCCUGCUGGAGCCACCUGGACCGAGGCCGGCUGCCUGUCACCUGUGCCUCGCUCCCUUCCCAAGAGGAUGGGUACUGUGUAUUCGUUGGGCCAGCUGCAGAGAAUGGUGCUGAGGAGGUCCGACUGCUGCAGCUCCUCGGGGACCCUCUGCCCCAGCAUAUCUCGCAGAUCGAUGACCCUGAUGUUGGGCCGGCCUACGUCUUUGGACGGGACUCCGGCAGUGGCCAGGUGGCCCAGCACCACUUCCCUAGACUCUUCUUCCGUGACUUCUCGCUGCUGUUCCACAUUCAGCCGGCCACGGGGGAUGCAGGGGUGCUGUUUGCCAUUACAGAUACAGCACAGGAAGUGGUCUCCCUGGGGGUGAAGCUCUCAGGGGUGUACAGUGGGCACCAGAACGUCUCAUUGCUCUAUACAGAACAUGGCGCCAGCCAGACCCAGACAGGCGUCAGCUUCCGCCUGCCUGCGUUCGUCGGCCAGUGGACACAUUUUGCACUCAGUGUGGAUGGCAGCUCAGUGGCUCUGUAUGUGGACUGUGAGGAGUUCCAGAGAGUGCCAUUUCCUCGGUCCUCACAGGGCCUGGAGCUGGAGCGUGGCGCUGGCCUCUUUGUAGGCCAGGCUGGAGCAGCAGACCCUGACAAGUUCCAGGGGAAGAUCUCCGAACUGAGAGUACGCAGAAACCCCCAUGUGAGCCCUGUGCACUGCCUGGAUGAGGAGGAGGAGGAUGAAGACAGGGCGUCUGGGGACUUUGGAAGCGGCCUGGAAGAGAGCAGUGAGCCAUGGGGGGAGGAGGGUACAUCCCUACCACCGAGGCUCCCCCAGCCUCCCCCUGUCACUUCUCCUCCCUUGGCUGGAGGCAGCACCACUGAGGAUUCUAGAACAGAAGAAAUCGAGGAAGAAACCAUAGUGGAUUCAGUAGGAGCUGAGACCCUUCCUGGCACAGAUUCAAGUGGUGCUUGGGAUGAGAGUGUCCGGAGCCCUGGAGGCGGCCUGAUGAAGGGCGGUCAGAAGGGGCAAAAGGGGGAACCAGGUGCUCCGGGCCUACCUGGCCCAAUUGGUCCCCAGGGUCCCGAAGGCCCAGUGGUACAGAGUCCCAAUGUACAACCUGUCCCUGGGGCACAGGGACUUCCAGGACCCCAGGGGCCACCUGGGAAGGAUGGUGCUCCAGGAAGGGAUGGUGAGCCAGGUGACCCCGGUGAAGACGGGAAACCAGGUGACACUGGACCUCAGGGCUUUCCAGGGACCCCAGGAGACAUAGGCCCUAAGGGUGAGAAGGGAGAUCCUGGUGUUGGGCCAAGAGGACCUCCAGGACCCCAAGGACCUCCGGGGCCACCGGGUCCCUCCUUUAGACAGGACAAACUAACUUUCAUUGACAUGGAGGGAUCUGGCUUCAGCGGAGACCUGGAGAGCCUUAGGGGCCCUCGAGGUUUCCCUGGCCCCCCAGGACCUCCUGGAGUCCCAGGACUUCCCGGUGAGCCAGGACGUUUUGGAGUCAACAGUUCCCAUGCUCCAGGACCUGCAGGCCUUCCUGGUGUGCCUGGGCGGGAUGGGCCUCCUGGCUUUCCAGGACCCCCGGGUCCCCCAGGUCCUCCAGGAAAAGAGGGUCCACCAGGAGUGGCAGGCCAGAAAGGCAGCCUUGGUGAUGUGGGCACCCCAGGACCCAAGGGAAGCAAGGGAGACCCUGGCCUUGUUGGCCCACCUGGAAAGAAUGGUUUGGUGGGACCUCCUGGGCCCGCCGGACCUCAAGGACCCCCGGGACCUCCCGGGCCACCAGGACCAGGAUAUGCUGCUGGAUUCGACGACAUGGAAGGCUCUGGAGCACCCUUCUGGUCAACUGCCCGAGGUUCUGAUGGGCUCCAGGGACCUCCAGGCCUGCCAGGACUCAAGGGGGAUCCUGGAGUGACGGGACUACCUGGAAUCAAGGGAGAAACUGGAGCAGAUGGAGCCCGAGGCUUUCCCGGCCUGCCUGGCAGAGAGGGUGCAGCUGGGCCCCCAGGGCCAAAAGGAGAGAAAGGGAGCCAGGGAGAAAAGGGAAACCCAGGGAAGGAUGGCGUGGGGCAUCCAGGCCUCCCUGGCCCUCCAGGACCUCCAGGACCUGUGAGCUACGUGUCAGCUGAGGAUAGAACAGUAGCAAGUGUGCCAGGACCCGAGGGCAGGCCGGGGUACGCAGGCUUUCCCGGACCCGCUGGGCCGAAGGGUGACCUGGGUUCCAAAGGCGAGCAGGGCUUUCCAGGACCCAAGGGCGAGAAGGGAGAGCCAGGUGCUAUCUUUGGCCCUGAUGGCAGAGCCCUGGACCCCACCCAGAAAGGAGCCAAGGGAGAACCAGGCUUUCGAGGACCCCCGGGUCCUUAUGGGCGGCCUGGACACAAGGGUGAGAUCGGCUUCCCUGGACGGCCGGGUCGCCCCGGUAUAAACGGAUUGAAGGGAGAGAAAGGGGAGCCUGGAGAUGCCAGCCUCGGGUUCAGCAUGAGGGGAAUGCCUGGCCCCCCAGGCCCUCCAGGCCCCCCAGGCCCUCCAGGAAUGCCCAUCUAUGACAGCAAUGCAUUUGUGGAGUCUGGCCGACCUGGGCCUCCAGGACAGCAAGGUGUGCAGGGACCUUCAGGACCAAAGGGUGACAAAGGAGAGGUGGGCCCACCUGGGCCACCAGGGCAAUUUCCCUUUGACCUCCUCCGCCUGGGAGCAGAAAUGAAGGGGGACAAAGGAGACCAAGGGGACACCGGACAGAAAGGCGAGAGAGGCGAACCUGGGGCUGGCGGUGGUGGCUUCUUCGGCUCGAGUAUACCAGGGCCGCCUGGACCUCCUGGCCCACCUGGCUACCCUGGGAUUCCGGGUCAAAAAGGAGAGAGUAUCCAUGGCCAGCCCGGCCCACCUGGACCUCAGGGACCUCCCGGCAUUGGCUAUGAGGGGCGCCAGGGCCCCCCAGGACCUCCAGGCCCCCCGGGACCCCCCUCAUUCCCUGGCCCUCAUAGGCAAACUGUCAGUGUUCCUGGUCCUCCGGGCCCACCAGGCCCCCCAGGUCCCCCUGGAGCCAUGGGUGCUUCUGCAGGGCAGGUGAGAAUCUGGGCCACAUAUCAGACCAUGCUGGACAAGGUGCGUGAGGUGCCGGAGGGCUGGCUCAUCUUUGUGGCUGAGAGGGAAGAGCUCUAUGUACGAGUCCGAAAUGGCUUCCGAAAAGUACUGCUGGAGGCCCGGACGGCGCUCCCACGUGGGACGGGCAAUGAAGUGGCCGCCCUGCCGCCCCCACUGGUGCAGCUUCAUGAGAGCAGCUCAUAUACCCGGCGGGAGCACUCCUACUCCACAGCACGGCCUUGGCGGGCAGACGACAUCCUGGCCAGUCCCCCACGCCUGCCAGACCCACAGCCUUACCCUGGAGUUCCACAUCACCAUGGCUCCUAUACACACCUGAGGCCAGUCCGCCCCACAGCCGCACCUGCCCACACCCACCAAGACUUCCAGCCAGUCCUCCAUCUGGUGGCACUGAACAGCCCACUGUCAGGUGGCAUGCGUGGCAUCCGUGGGGCCGACUUCCAGUGCUUCCAGCAGGCCCGGGCUGUGGGGCUGACCGGCACCUUCCGUGCCUUCCUAUCCUCAAGGCUGCAGGACCUCUACAGCAUUGUGCGCCGUGCUGACCGUGGGGCCGUGCCCAUCGUCAACCUCAAGGACGAAGUGUUAUUUCCCAGUUGGGAGGCCCUGUUCUCUGGCUCCCAGAGUCAGCUGCAGCCGGGGUCCCGCAUCCUCUCUUUCGACGGCAGAGAUGUUCUGAGACACCCCGACUGGCCUCAGAAGAGUGUGUGGCAUGGCUCAGACCCCAGCGGUCGCAGGCUGACUGAGAGUUACUGUGAGACAUGGCGGACAGAGGCUACAGGGGCCACAGGUCAGGCCUCCUCAUUGCUGUCUGGCAGGCUGCUAGAACAGAAAGCUGCGAGCUGCCACAACACGUACAUCGUCCUGUGCAUUGAGAACAGCUUCAUGACGUCCUUCUCCAAGUAGGGCCUCUGCCAGCUGGGAUGGUGGACAGAGGUGGUGGAGCGCCCGGACACAGUGCAGGGAGCAUCUGGUCAGCCCCCUGGGUCUGGCUGGGAUAUUGUCCUAUACAGUUCAUUUUAUGUAAUCCUCAAAAAAUAAAAAGAAGCCAAAGAGUAUAUUUUUAAAAAAUUUCAAACUAGCAUAUGCCAAGACAUCCUGCCCUUCCCUUCCAACCUGUACUGGCCAGCCUGUGUCAGUGGUCCGUAUUCUGCUUGGUGUAACCCCCUGGCAAGGGUCAGGCCACAGCUGGAUCUCAGCAGACGGCUAAGACCUGCACUCCAGGCCUGCUGGCUCUUCAUGGCUCCCAGGAGCUGGAAAGGACUCAUUCUUGCCCUGAUUGGUACAGACCCUCUCUAGUCUGGUACCUUUCUGUGCACAGACCCCAGACCCUUCACAGAGUAGUCACAUGGAGGUGCUGGGGCAGACCCUAGGGAAGCACAGGACAGCAGGGCCUCUCACCUCUCACCACUGAGCUGCUGUGCUUAGGGACCUGCUCAUCCAGGUGGUGACUGGGACCAUCCAUAUUAAGCAGUGGGAACCUCUCUUACCUACCCCCACUCUCCAGCAACCACAACACUCCCUGGCAAAGCAGGUUUCCAAGCUCAGUACCCACUGUGACUCCAGAUCUGGCCUUGGCCUCUGUACACAGUGACACAGGGACAGGAAUAUGGCCACACUUCUCCUGUCUGCUGGUUUUGCCCAGGGCCAGCUAUGAUAUGAGGUACCCACCUCAAGCCUGACUCUCAGAUUGACCUCCCUGUUGACCCAUGAGAUGCCAUCUAGAGCAGAGCCUCACCCCAGCCAAGCCAGAGAGUCAGGCUGUGACAGUAUCCUGUCCUUGCUCCUUUGCCUAAGGUCCAUGAGUCUGCCAGUGUCUGCACAGAGCACUUGUCCUGUGGAAGGAAGUGUGCACUCAGGGCCACAAGGGGCCAGUGUGCCAGCAUGUACCUGCCUCAGGCUCUACUGUCCAAGGACUGGGACAAAACCGGUGGGGUUAGUUCUGUGAUUCUGUGUGAUGUGAAGCCAUUUCAAACAGGCACCAAAUAAAAAUGGCCUUUUACACAGACA